GAAGCACUGCUCUGGAAUGGAUAGGAUAUUAAUGCUCCUAUAUUACCUACCGGACCAACAGCGCUAGGAUACGUCGUCUACGAUACAGCUCUGACGAAGUGGUUUCUGGAACACGGCGCAGAUCCCAAUGGUAGCUAUCAGUACGAGACAGCUUUCUCGUGCGCGGCGGGGUUAGGCUCGAUAGAGAUUAUUGAGAUGUUCUUGGAUCGAGGCGCGGAUAUACUUCGUAGCGACAUUUUGUACUUUGCUUCCGGGCGCCGUAGGAACGCAGUCGAGGUAACGAAUUUCUUGCUCAGCAGAGGCGCAGACCCAAAUCGCCUCCGCUUCGAUGGAUUAGAGCCCGGUUGGUCUAUAUCUAGGCUCAAAGACGGAUUGGGGACCCCUCUGCAUUACGCUAUUAGGAGGCAUAGACUGGAUGUUGUCCUUGCUCUCGUAAAGGCUGGGGCGGAUUUAAGUGUACAAGAUACGCUUGGUCGCACGCCGAGGAUGUUAGCGGAGCUGAGGCAUAAUGCUGAAGUGCUUGCUUUGCUGGAUGCGCACAAGUGAUGGAAAUUGUAGGUGGUAUAGGCAGAACCACCACAUACCCUACUAUGCUAUAAUACGGUACUGUAAGUCUUAACAAUACAUGUAGCUAUUUC